AUGACUCACUUACAGCACCCCAUAGCCCCGGAUCAACCGCGGAUGAUCCGGCGGAUGCUUGCCAAUCAGCCGCGGCUGAGCUUCAUUAAAACCGGAUGCGCGGCGACCGCGGCCAAUCAAUGGGUCUGGUGUGGGUCUGGUGUGGGGUCUGGUGUGGGGUCUGGUGUGGGAUCUGGUGUGGGGUCUGGUGUGGGGUCUGGUGUGGGGUCUGGUGUGGGGUCUGGUGUGGGGUCUGGUGUGGGGAAUACUUCAGGAUACUUCGCUGAAAAAUUUUCUCACGACCCCCAACCCCCGUCGACCCCCACACAACCCCGACCCUCACACAACCCCGACCCCAUGAUGACGACGAUGCUGCAGGGCCACUACGACCCCAGCGCCUCAUCGGGGUUGGCAUCCCUGUACGACCCCAACGCGGGUGCCCACUUGGGCCACACGGGGGCCCACCACGGGCCCAGCCUGGCCCAGAAGCCCAAGCUCAUCUUCAAGAUGCCGCGCGUCGUCCCCGACCAGAAGAACAAGUUUGAUAACGACGAACUCUUCCGGCGCCUGGCCCGCGAGAGCGAGGUCAAGUAUACAGGAUACCGCGACCGCCCUACGGAGGAGCGGCGCCAGCACUUCCAGAAAGCCCUAC